CUGCUUAUGGAAUUUUAAUAUUUGACACUAAUGUCAGUUUUGCUAUUAUUUGAAUAUUUUAUGGAAAAUAGUAAAAUAAAACAGACACGUUGGUCCAAGUGAACAGCUCAAAAAGAGAAUUUUGUACUUUCUUAACUAACUUGGUAAGACUUUCCUUGCUUUCUAUGUGAAGUUUGAAUAGCCAGCCUUACCACAGCCAGUCACAGUUUUAUCUAGAAAAAAUUCAUAUGCGGCUUAAGUCCAGUUGGCACCUUUGGGGACAGCAUUAAAUUACGAAAUAGAACAUUCAUUAGCAACCUGGGCUAUUUAGAUUUAAUUCCUUUAUACCAGAGGAGCUAAAGGCUGAUGAUGUCGUCAUAGUAAAGAACACUGCGGUCAAAUAAUAGGCGCCAAGCGUCGUACGAGGAUAUGAACUCACACCCACCGCUGAAUCGAACGCAUUUCACUACCAGACAGCAAUGGACGAGCAAACCGUGUGUAACCGCACAAAUUACUGUACCAACCCGAUGCAACGUGCCUUUUGCAGCACCUUCGGACAACGGAACAUAGAUCACAACUGUACAAACCACAUUUAUAAUGGAGGAGGAGAAGGCGUUGAAGUGAAAAUCGAAGGCGCCGAUAAUUAUUUAUAUCUGAAUGUGCAUAGUGUGAAACCUGAUAAACCACGUCCCGUUAUGGUUUGGAUUUAUGGCCGUGGUUUUUGUAGCGGCGAAGCCACACGGGAGCAGUACGCAUCCGAUUAUUUCAUGCGCAAGGACGUGAUUUCGGUGACAACAUCGAUUGGACGCUUUAAUUGCCCAAAGCGUAGUCCGCAUGGAAAAUAUGCACCUUCAUACUCCUAGUAGUGCUAGUUUUAAGGUUCCAAUUGCGGCGCUAAGAGAAAUUAAACGCAGUUGGGAAUGUUUCAUAAAAUAUUUCGACCAAGCCGUAACGCUGUCAGUACAAUAUUACUUACACUGAGCACUCAAGCGAGAGGACUAUCUCACCGCGUCAUUAUACAAUCGUACACUAUCGACUUGUCACCCGUUGACCGCAAGCCGAAUGUACAAGUAAAUGCUCCCGCCAAAGUGCCUGGCCACAAUAAAUUUGGAGGGUGAGCGUAAAAUAUUUCAUCAUCUAUGGUACAUUGUAAUGGGCGGAGGUGAGAAUGGAAUAUGUAUCAAUGAAUAUUUGCAAUGAAUAUUAUUUCGUAACACCCACCUCCAUACAUCAAACUCCACUCAUUUGCCAUUUGAUGUUAGAUUUGCACUACGACCUUUGAUCCUCCCAUGCUUGAUACAAUAAAGGUGACGUGCUCUCUCUGCGAAUAAGGUAUUUCCAAUCAAUGUGCAUUCAUGAAGCAGUUACUCAAGUAUAUCCGGCGCGAAUUCGUAGCACCGACCGUGUCCCAAACAGUCGACCUGACUUCUAUCUAGUUAAGUUUUUUUUGACUCGGGAGAGGUUAGUGAUCUGACUGAAUCUAACGUCGUUUGUAGGUAAUCUACCAUAUCCCUCUGUAUCCUUAUAUCCAGUAAAACACACGAAAAGUUCGUGAUUCUUAUAGGUUAAGUCAUUAGUUUCUCGCGUAACUUUUGUAAUGAGUAACGCUAAGUAGAGAAAGUCAUGGAAUGGCAACAGUUUACAUCUUCAUAAAUAUGAACCAACUUUGAAAGAAACAAAUAUGAGACUCUCAAAUUCUCGAAAUGACGAAUUUUCCUUGAAAUUGGAUCCAAUGCAUUUGAAUCUUAUGAUGUUGUUAAACAGAAUCUCGUAGAUAAACAACCUGCCAGUCAAAAUUUCAAGGUUACUUAAUAAGGAACAACGACAUUUAUCUUGAUAUACAUCGGCUAUUGUAGUGUUGCCUUGGACAAUAAUCUAUGUCAAAUUUCGUGAAAAUAAUUUGUUAAAGAAAUAUAUUUUCCAUACGAGUACUUGAUUUUGAUCGAUUAGUUUCUAUAAGAGCCAUAUCCUAUCGUAGUCCGUUAUGGGUUCCAACAAAUGAGCAACUUCUUGGGUAGAAAAGAACGUGCGCAAAAUUCUAGAUCGAUAUUUCGAAAACUGAGAAAACAGUUCGUGUAUAUAUAGACAGUCAGACGGACAGUAUUAAAUCGACAUUUCCUAUUGACUGUUACAAAGUUCGUUGCGAACUAAAUAAACCCUGUUCAGGAUAUACAAAUUAAAGUCGCAGAAGCAACUUCACAUUUAAUAAAUUCCAUGAGAUUCCUUUGCACGAGUAGCAAUAAUGUCAACUCCAGUUCAUGUCAAUUGAUGUAACAUAAAUAUUAACAAGUUGCUAUGUAUAUCUUCUCACUUCCGCUUUUGCGCGCACUACUGCAACCAGCUUGCCACAUACGGAUUUUUCUGGCAUCCGCUACAGCAUAUCAUUCAAGCACGCCUACAAUACGCUGCCCACAUGUCCACCUUCGCCUAAGACUCGUCAAAGCUAAUGCAUCCUUUACACUUCCGCAGCGACAUUUUUAUUGAAGGUAGGCGAAACCCAAAACCUCUACCACUGCCGCAGCAUACAGCCAUGCCACACAUGUUGCCGCAUCGCCCUAUCAAUCUCACAUGUUUGUGUGCAUAAGAAGUGACAAAGCAUAGAGUACCGCACCAUUAAGCGCUUGAUUGGCUUAUGGACGAUAUGCGCCGCGACGGGCAAUCCGAAUCCGAGUGAAGGCGAAAUUAAUGGCUUGAAAGAUACUAAAUGACGUCCUUUGCAACGCUUUGCUACAGGCAGCUACACUUCCGCCACCACCAAUACAAAUACCGUUACUUCAUGGAUCCCAUCUGCCAAAACGAUUGCUUUUAGCGGCGCUACGGGCAAGACUGCUGUGCUGCUUGUGAGUGAAAAUGCUUGAAUAUUGGCAACGAUCUGGAAUUUAUGACAUUACCCGAAAUGACCAAGUUGUGCGUGUGGCACAAAUGUAUCGCUUGUGUCGUGUGCCGUCCGCCCGCCAACAUCAAUGAUUCUAUCGAUUUGCAUUUGCACAUCAAGUCCGCGUCAUCGUUUUGUUGUACACCCAGGCGUCCCAGCCGUGUUGUUGUAAAGCGUAUACUCGUAGAAGUAGUUGUGUCCAUUUGCUGCGAAUUAAAAUUGAAAUUUAUGAAUCGAAUGUUGCAUGAGAGAAAACGGUAGCUUUACAAUUGCUGCUGUAGGUAAUUAAUUAUGUGUAAUAAACGUUUGUAAUUUGUGGCAUUAACUAUGCAAGUGCUUGAGUCAUUAAUUAUGCAAUUAAAAU